UAGAGAUUUAGUUCUGAUAUUCUUCUUCACCAUGCAUACACACUCAAACAUGAACCACAUCUUAUACAUUAAUUUUCACAUGCAUUAAUUUCUGUUCUUGAUAUUAAUUGUAUCUCACCAUCAUCAUCACCAUCACCAAUGGAGAUCUCAAGGGCAUUCUUUAUCAUCAUGAUUCUAUUGUUUGUUUUGCGUGGAACGAAUACUUUGAGUGAUGAUCUUCUUUUUCUUGAUUACUACAAAGAGACGUGCCCCUUAGCAGAAGAGAUCGUGAGACGUAAUGUUGAGAAUGCGGUGCUCAAAGAUCCUCGAAUGGCCGCCUCACUCGUUCGCUUACAUUUUCAUGAUUGCUUUGUCAUGGGUUGCGAUGGAUCGGUUCUUCUUGACAGCUAUGGGGCAAUGGUGAGUGAAAAGCUUGCAGGGCCUAACUUUAACUCUCUGCGUGGAUUCGAAGUUAUUGAUAAGAUCAAGUAUAAUUUGGAAGAAGCAUGUCCAUAUACAGUCUCAUGUGCUGAUAUUCUAGCUUUGGCUGCACGUGAUUCCGUUGUUUUGAGAGGUGGACCAACAUGGGGGGUUCCUCUUGGCAGAAGAGACUCACUGAAAGCAAGCUUCGAUGGUGCCAACCUGUACAUUCCUUCGCCAAAUUCCUCCCUCGAAAUUCUUAUUGAAAAUUUUAAAGUGCAAGGCCUUGACAUUCGAGAUUUGGUUACUUUGUCAGGUAGCCACACAAUGGGGAGGGCAAGAUGUUUGAGCUUCAGGCAAAGAAUCUACGACAUCACCAUGGAAGAACGAUAUGAUAAAUACAAAAGAUAUAGAACUUUUAGAAGAAUCCUAGAGUCCAUAUGCCCAGAAUCAGGAAACGAUAAUCAACUCACACCUCUUGAUUAUACCACUCCAACAAGGUUUGACAACCAUUAUUAUAUUAACCUUCUGCAAGGGAGAGGAUUGUUAUUUUCUGAUAAUACUUUCGUUACUCAAGACCAUGAAGGAGAGAUAAUAAAGCAGGUGUGGGCUUAUGCAGCUGAUCAAGACCUUUUCUUUGCUAAAUAUGUCAAUUCUAUCAUCAAGAUGGGCAACAUUAAUGUACUCACUGGACACGAAGGAGAAAUUAGGAAGAACUGUAGGUUUAUCAAUACCUAGGUUGUGAAAUAAAUUUUCUCCAAACAGUAUUUAUGUAAUUGUAUUCUCUAAUUUUUAUUUCUUAUUCCUGGUUACAAGGAGCUGGUAAUGUUACCUGUGCAGUAAGAUACUGUACCUAAAGUAAUCUAUUCUACAUAUUGUAUAUUAACAAAUUAAUACAAGUU